GUACCAGUCGUCGCCUCCUCCUCCGCCCACCAUCCACUGCGAUCCAGAUCUCCACCCUUUUCCUUCCUGCCUGUAUCCAGGCCCCUGUUCUCCUCUAUCUCUCGUCCUAUUAAAUUUUAUCCAUGUUGAGCUAUUUGAGAGUAAAAGAAGAGAGAGAGGGGAACAAAGAUGAUGGGCGCUAAGAGCCAUUACGGGCUCGAACCGCCGCCCCCGCGAGAAGAAAUGGAAACCCUCGCCCUCGUCGACGACGACCAUCCCUCCCCCAAUCCCCACCCUCUCGCCGCCGUUCCCGCCGCCAUCCACGGCGGCGACCCCCUUCUCUUUCCCCCUCCCCCCCUCCCCCCUCCCCCCUCCUCCUCCUUCCUCGAUCCCCCCGCCUACGCCGACGUCGUCUUCUCCCCCUUCGACUCCCAGAACGGUGCCUCCUCCGCCCCCAACUCCCCCCGCUGCGCUGCCGCGUCCGCGUCUGAGUACGCCAGAAUCACCGUCUCCGAUCCCCAGAAGGAGCAGGAGACCGCCGGAUCCCUCGUCCCCGGCGGCGGCACUUAUGUGACCUACCUCAUCACCACCAAGAUCCGCACCCCCGACUCCGGCGGCGGCCCGACGGAGUUCCGCGUCCGGCGGCGGUUCCGCGACGUGGUUACCCUUGCCGACCGCCUCGCAGAGUCCUAUCGGGGGUUCUUCAUCCCGCCCCGGCCCGACAAAAACGUGGUGGAGAGCCAGGUGAUGCAGAAGCACGAGUUCGUCGAGCAGCGGCGCUCCGCCAUCGAGAGGUACCUCCGCCGACUGGCAGCGCACCCGGUGAUCGGGAAGAGUGAUGAGCUGAGGGUUUUCUUGAGGACGCCGGGGAAGAUGCCGCUGCCGGCGAGCACCGACGUGGCCUCGAGGAUGCUGGACGGGGCGGUGAGGCUGCCGAAGCAGCUCUUCGGGGAGGGCGGAGCGGGGUAUGCUGCUCCGCAGGAUGUGGUGCAGCCGGCGAAGGGGGGCAGGGAUUUGUUGAGGAUAUUCAAGGAGCUGAAGCAGUCGGUGGCAAAUGAUUGGGGAGGGGUGAAGCCAGCGGUGGUGGAGGAGGAUAAAGAGUUCUUGGAGAGGAAGGAGAAGGUGCAGGACUUGGAGCAGCAGCUCAGCACUGCGUCCCAGCAGGCUGAAGCACUUGUCAAAGCACAACAGGAUAUUGGAGAAACAUUGGGUGAGUUGGGAUUGGCGUUCAUCAAACUGGCAAAAUUUGAAACCGAGGAGGCAACAUAUGAUUCUCAAAGAAUACGAGCUACUGAUAUUAAAUGUUUAGCAACUGCUGCUGUGAAAGCAAGCCGAUUUUACCGAGAAUCAAAUGCACAGACAGUAAAACAUCUGGAUACUCUCCAUGAAUAUUUAGGGCUGAUGCUAGCUGUUCACAGUGCAUUCUCAGAUCGUUCCAGUGCUUUGUUAACUGUACAAACACUUUUGUCAGAUUUGUCUUCCUUGCAUGCAAGGGCAGAAAAACUUGAAGCUGCAUCCUCAAAGAUAUUUGGUGGUGACAAAUCUAGAAUUCGUAAACUAGAAGAAUUGAAAGAAACAAUAAGAAUCACAGAAGAUGCUAAAAGUUGUGCGCUUCGAGGGUAUGAGCGGAUUAAGGAAAACAACAAGACUGAACUCGAGAGGCUAGACAGAGAAAGACGUGAUGAUUUUGUAACCAUGCUCAGAGGGUUUCUAGUUAAUCAGGUUGGGUAUGCAGAGAAGAUCGCCAAUGUGUGGGCUAAGGAAGCAGAAGAAACUAGCAGAUAUGCAAAGGAGAGCAAUUAAAUUCAGAAUGUGUAAAAAUUUCAGCUUUUUAGCCUUUUACCCCCUUAUACAUGCUUGUGCAUUAAUUUUUAGAAACCAAUGACCCAAUAAUAAGCAUAAUUCAGUGGAGUUUAUUGAUGGAAUUUUAGGAUGUCUUUUUUUGCACUUCAGUUAGCACAAUUUUGAGUCUGCUUAUGGCCUGUUGUCUUGGAUUGCUCUAUAGUUCCGAAGAUUGGAAGUGAUUUUAUUGCUCUAGUUUGCAAUAUUGGCAA